CACACACGGCAAACGCGUCUGAUUCACUGGAGUAUCAACAAGUAUGUUCGCAGACUUGGCAGGAAGGAUGUUAAAUACAUGGAGCCCCAUCACAUCUUUCUUCUGCUUUCUCGCUUCUAAUUAAAACGUGGCUCAUGAACAUUUCCCUCUCAGAUAUUGAAUUGCCUUUCAGAUCUUGAUGGAGUCAUUUGGAUUCUCUCCAGUACAUUCACAAUGAAUAUACAAAUGCUGUGUGAGUGCUAAAUUCUGUUCUCUGGCUUGUGCUUCACAUUCACAACAAUGGCUUCCAACACCUGAAAAUGAAAAACGGUAUUCUACAUGCGAGCUAGUGCAUCAAAGAGGAAAACCUGCCACUAUGGAAAUGACCCUGAAAACUCUUGUUUAUUCAUUUUGAAUUGUUCAAUAUGACAUGGAUUAAUACUUACUGCCCUUGAACUGUAACAAGUAUUCAGAGACAAAGUAUCUGGACAUGACUUUCCCUGGUGGGACUAUUGAUGUGUCAAGGAAAGUCUUCAUCCAUCAUUUCUGUCCCCUUAUCCUGAGAUCACUUUUUACAGUGAUUUUUUUUAGUGUGAUGGGUUCUGCUUGUCCCAAGAGCUGCCACUGCUCUGAAAGGAAUGGCUUGACAGUAGUGCAAUGUUCCACUCGCAACCUAGAGGAGAUCCCCCCUGACCUUCCCCACGAUACUGUGUCACUUCUGCUGUCCUCCAAUCACAUCACCAAAAUCCCCAACCAGGCUUUCAAAAACCUUCCCUGGCUCCAAGAGCUGGACUUGUCAAGGAAUGCUAUUGACACGGUGGACGCUGGGGCUUUUCAGGGUGUCACCGAGAGCUUGCGGGCUCUUGAUCUGUCCCAUAACCAUAUGCAAAGUGUACCCAAGGAGGCUUUCGCUCGGCUGCAUGCCAAAAUCAGCCUGUCCAACAACCCAUGGCACUGUGAGUGCACCCUUCAGGAGGUGUUGAGGGAACUCAGGCUGGAUCCUGAGACUGUGAACGAGGUGAGUUGCCACACCUCUGUCCAGGAGGAGUAUGCGGGCAAGCCUGUCAUCCAAGUGUUGGAUUCGGGCAUAAACUUUUGUAACUUUCACCAUAAGACUACUGAUGUGGCCAUGUUUGUCACUAUGUUUGGUUGGUUCACAAUGGUGAUUGCUUAUGUCAUCUAUUACGUACGGCACAACCAGGAAGAUGCCAGGAGACAUCUGGAGUACCUCAAGUCUCUGCCAAGUAGCUCCCAGAUUAGUAAGGACUUUGACACAAUCAGCACUGUUCUCUAGCAUCAAUCAAAUCAGUGUAGGAGUGAAUGUGUUUGGCACAGAAAUGAUGGCACAACAGCAAGCCUUAUUUCCAUUUGCUUACCAAGGACCUAAUAUGUAAUUCUGCUAAUCAUUUGAUUUGAUUGUAAAUGGUUUUCAUUGAUUUUAGCACAAUUAAUGUUUUGACAAUUAUUCUGUCAACACAGUCUCAUGACAACUCCUAAUAAUUCAUGAGAUGGCAGAAUAGUAAGAUACUGUACGACUUGGUUCGUAAGAAAAGGUAUGCCUGUAAUUUGAAUACUGUAGAUACCAACCAAUCAACACAAUUUGAUAUCAAUACAAAAUAGGCAUCUAUACAGGCAUUGUGGUAGGGGUUGGGGAAAUAUGGUAAGAAUACCUGUUCAAAACCUCAAUGUUUAUCUUUCUUUAGUUGUUCACAACAGUGAUUGUCCUAUUAAAAUCAUGGUUAGGUUUAGAGUUUCAGGGAUGGGGUAAGACUUUAUGUUUGGGUUAGGGGUUAUGCCUUAUGGUUAGGUUUAGGUUUGGGGUUAAAAUGAGGAAACACCUUACAGUAAGAAUGCAUUUCAAAAGCCCAAUUUUUCUCUUUCUUCAAUGGUACACAGCAGUGAUUUUCCUAUUAAACUAAUGGAAGGUAGGUUUGGAUAAAGGCUUAGACUUCAUGGUUAGUUAAAUGUUUGGGAUAGGUGUUAAACGUAGGAGAAAUCAUAAUAACUUUGUUCAUUGGUUUGUUAAUUUGUAUCUACUGGAGUAAAACCAAGCUAUUUUUGUUUGCGCCAACACUUAUGAUUUGCCAUAUUGUACUGGUUCUGUUGGGGUCAAUCGGUGCAUCACCAAAAGCUCUGAAAUGUUCACAUUUCUUUGUCAGUACUUAAAUUCCAAUAUUUCCAAAAUUUAUAGUUUCAGUUUUUGUGCUAAUUUAAUUAAAUUUCACAGCCAAUUACUAAAUGAUGGUUUAUGUUCCAUUUUCCUUUCUUUUUUUUAUAGUUGUUUGUGAAUUAAUGAGUUGUGUAAAUGAAUUAGUUUUCAGAGCAAAUACAUAAUCACUGCCAAAAACCCAUCAAUUGAGCUCUGCCUUGUUACCUGGAAAGGUGACAGAUUGCCCCAUUUUAAAUGCUCAAGUGCCUACUUCCUGGUACCUCAACACCAAUACACUGUGCAUCGGAUAUUAUUUGUUGUGUUUCAUCUAUGUUCAUUAUUCAUUACAUCUCUCAAGAAUGGGUUUGUGUCAAUUUCUGUUGCCCUGUGUGUUAAGUAUAACAGUCAUUUUCAGUCAAGUAUACAUUUUUGUGUAUGGUAUUUUGAAGAUUUCUCAGAUUGAUCUUAGUCAGUGACAGUGUUGUACUGUAUAUGAAUAAAAAAUAUCAUGAGAUGAUAUGCAAAAAAGGAAUUUGUUUGUUAUUGUAGAGAAAAGGGCUAGAGUCUUUUCAUCUGACACAAUAUGUGUGUUUCUGUUUGAGUCCACAUGUAUCAGUUAGCAGGGUUGGGAAGGUUACGUUUGAAAUGUAUUCCACUACAGAUUACAGAGUACAUGCUUUAAAAUGUAAUGUGUAAUGGAUUCUGUUAGAUUACUCAAGGUCAGUAACGUAUUCUAAAUACUUUGGAUUUUUUCUUCAGCACUGGUCUAUUUUUUCACUUGUUUUGACUAUAAAAACUCUGCCAGUACAGUAAGACAAAAUACACAUGUUAAAAAUGUUUCAUUCCCUGAAAAAACGAAAUACUUAUGCAGUGUUGUUUCUAAAACAAGAUAAAUCAAAUAGAUCUUGUUUUAAGGAUUUUUAGAUAUUUUUACAGGAAAACAAUACAAAAAUUAUUAACAAAAAUAAGAUUUUUGCCCUAAUAUCAAAGAAAAAAAUGUAUUAUAAUCCAACGUGAAUUUUCUUGUUAAAAAACAUGAUAAUUCCUGGUAACGUGCCUGUAAAAUGGCUAGAAAUAGCAUUUUAGCUUAGCAUAAGGUUUUCAAGUUACACAAGGUUUAUUUCUAUUUCUUCUGCUCCAAACAUUCUUCUCGUAUGAAUGUAACACAUCAUAAGAAAGUGUUUCACCUCUGUUCAAAUGCACUUUGGAUCGCAUCAUUUCUAUGUAUUAAUGUUUUCCAUCUGAAAGGACUACAUAUUAAAUGAAACAACUGACAAUAAAAUGCAAUGUAAUCUCUUCAGUUAUCAAAAUACUUUUUGAAUAUAAAUGUAUUCUAAUUGCCAAUGAUUUAAAUUGUAUCUGUAGUGGAAUAUAGUUACUUAUAUUUUGUAUUUUAAAUACGUAAUCCUGUUACAUGUAUUCUGUUACCCCCCAACCCUGUCAGUUAGUUCAUAAUUGUGACUAGCCUUUCUGCAGUAGUGUGUACAGUAUAUCAUAGCAACACAAGAAAAUAAAAAUGUUAUU